CCCGUUGAGAUCAUCCACGUAAGUUAAUCAGUUGUCCGGGUGAUGACCGAGCGCUCUUUACAAACUCCGUCGCGUCAACAUAUCCCAACGCGCUCUUUUCACACACAAUCCUUAUUAUUAUUCCCAUCAUGUCUACCGAACCCAGAUCUCCAGUAAAAAAAGACGCGACGAGCCCCAUAAAGUCUCCCGACUCAAAGGGAAAGGGCAAAACAAAGGCUCCUGCUGAGGACGUGUCAAUGGAGGAGGAGGAGGAAGAGGAAGAAGAAGACGAGGAAGAAGGUGACGAGGAUAUGGAAGAGGAGGAAGAGGAAGAUGAUCACGAGGAAAUCGACCCCGGUGCAAUCCUUCCUCGUCGCACCCGUGGCACACGCGUCGAUUAUACAUCCGAGGAAGCCCUCAAAAAGGCAGGCCUCACAAAGGAUGACCACGAUGACGACGACGACGAAGGCAUGGAACAUUAAGUGUCUCACGCCCCCCAAUUACUUUAAUAUUGUUAUCGCUCUCCUAUAGUCUUUGGUCAAUUAUUUUGCAAGGCGUGUGUGUAACAUCGCCAGCUGCCAGAGGUACCCUGACCUC